GCUAAUCUUCGUCAGUUUCCGCCAAGCGGAAGGAACCCAUCCUCGGCUCUUUCCGUUUAUUCUCGGCUCUUUCCGGCUCUCCUUAUAUAACCUCCCAGCCAGCCAGCCCGCGGCUCAGUCUUGAAAUGGAAGCGGCGAGGUCGGGAGGAGUGGGAGGGGUUUCCCGCUGAAACCAGGGUGCGGACCGAGGAUGUCUGCCGUCCCGCCUCCCCUCUCUUAUGUGACCUCACAGGAGAUGCGCUGCCUCUUGCACUGGCUUUCCGGCUGGUCCUCAGCGCAACGUGAGUGCUUCAUCCGCGACAUGGUGGACAAGGCUGUGCCCUGGAAAGUGCUCCCGCUCCUGGAAGGCCUGGCCGGGCUGAGCAUGGACCCCGGGAAGCCCCCCUCCAUCUUCGAGUGCCAGAUGCGCCUCUGGGACCAGUGGUUUCGUGGCUGGACACAGGAGGAGCGCAACGAGUUCGUGAGGCAGAUGGAGGAGGCCCUGCCGGAGGUGGCUUCGCGCAUGUACCAGGAGAUCGCUGCGACGGCAGGGAAGGAUUAACGGGAGCCACAUUCUGCAAAUAUUUUGCAGUGAGGACUCUUUUUUUAUUAUUCCUACAGAAUCUCCCAUUUCUCAAAUCAUAACACAACUGAAUAAAGAUUGAAUUGGUAAAAAAGUCAA